AUGCUCGACAUCCUAAAAACCAAUACACCACCCCGUGAUCUAAGCAUCUCCCUUGCCGCCCCGCCAAAUUGGACCUUCGCCCCCGGCGACACCAUCAUUGGAAACAUAGUCCGCAAAACACACCUCGUCACCCCCGAUGCCAGCCUAAAGCUCUCUCUCAAAGGCAUUACGGCAACAAAAUCUGAAGAGAAUUACAAUGACUCAGCCCGCACGUAUGAGUUGCACUGGGAUCUAUGGCCUGUGACGUGGGAUGAGGCUUUCCGGGGACCGUUGCACAUAGCCGAAUGGUCUGAUGCAGACGAGUACCUAAUAUGUCCGUUCGAAGUGACUAUCCCUCGGAGGCCUUCGGGAACACUGAUCAAGCGCCAUCCCGCGGAACAGAGCUAUCUCCCGUUGGACGAUGACAGCGUCGCGCAGCAGGGGUUACCCGGGAGUUUCAGAUGCGCUACACCCGGUGGUAGUAAGUCAUGUCACGGGUGUAUCGAGUACUUUCUUGAAGCCGUGCUGCGGUAUACACGUGGCGGCUCGCUGGUGACAUGUAGAGCUAUUCGUCGAGUAGUCCUGCGGCAUAUACAAACACCCAGCGAGCCACCAGUGCUGUACUACGAAACCAAGCAAUGGCGCAGCGGUCCACAAACCGUGCAGAGCCAGCGGCUCGAGCCAGGCCGAGAAGAUGCGAGUUUGACAUUUAUACAGAAGACACAUAAAUUCUUCGGCUCGUCGCGCGUGCCCAAGUUCACGUAUAGAGUGGAGGUCUGCGCACCAAGAACAGUGCAACUCGAUAACCCCCUCCUGAUACCUUUCACCGUGAAGGCUGUACCCCAGCUUGGUCCCGACAAGACGAGCUCGAGCAUCCGCGACAGCCUGCACUCUAUCCAGAUCAAAAUCCACUCUUUCAAGCUAACCAUAGACGCCAAAACCGGCCUCCGCGUAUCAGCAAGGCCCUACGCAAACCGCAUCCACUACGACCAUCACACCACAUUCCAUACCGAAGUCCUCGACUGCAACCCACCAUUAUCCCUUUCCGUUGGGGGCAACGAAACCGAAACCGAACCUAUCGAUAUAGGACAGCUAUUCGAGAUCAAUCUACGCACCGAUGGUCUACAUUGGACAGGUCGGCGACACCCGAUUUGGCAAACUAUAAUCAAUAGCAGCUCUGUGUAUCCGGAUUUUGUGUCGUAUUUAAUCAAGCAUUGGCAUUGGAUUUGUUGGGAGAUUGUGCUGGGAGUCGCAGGGGAGAAGCAGAAGGUGAAGGGGAGGGCAGAGCUGAAAGUUUUGGCAGCGGAUUGA